CGCGCAAGUACGCUUUCGAGGUGGCCGCUGGUGCGAGGCUGGCGGGAGGACUAGCGGUAUGAUCUGGAACUCACGCAGAGUUUCACGCGAGAUACGCUCCGUGUACGCGCGCCGCCAGAAAAUAUCCUAGCUGUAACCCUGCCUGUGUCAGUGAGGCCUGUCCAGGUCAAGUCAUUUUGGUUGUUCGCAGUGUCGCCUUUACGAGUGCGCCUGCUCACGGGUUGGCAACAGGCAGCCUGUCACGGAGCCUGUCACUGACUCAGCGCUGCGUCGUUCGUGCUGCCGCUUCAAGCCCUUCUUUUACUUGAGCUGAUACUUUUUGGGAAAGGGACGGCGUUUCGUGAAUCUGGCACGAAACUUAGCGCUGCGGUCUCCCGCCUGCGGCUCGUGCCUCGUCCAGAGCUCCACUCAAUCCGACUCGUCGGGUUGAUUACACAAGAGCUCGCCUGAGUAGGGAGAAGCCGGAGCGAAGCUGGGAAAGAAAUCCGGGCGGAAUCGAGCGAAAACGGGCGGAAUCGCUGGCAAGGGUACUUUCGUGGGGGAGUAGCGGGCGGCCAUCUGACCGGCAGAGAGGGAUCCGUGAGCGCUGGGGCAUAGAGCGGGUGAAUCCCGCGACUCCAACGGGGUGGCAGCGCUGGUUUAUGGGCUCAUGGCGGUGGGUCUGGCGCGGAAUGCGGGCAGCAGCAGCCAUGGGAAUCUCGAGAGAUUAACAAGGCCUCCUGAAAUGAGCUCUGGUGUUAGUAUUGUUAGUGGUGGUAGUGGUGGUGCUGGCGGUGCUGGCGCUGGUGCUGGUAGUGCGGGUGGUGGUGCUGCUGCUGCUGCUACUGCGGCCUCUGCACGUAUAACCCCCACACCACCGUCUAGGUCUAGUAGUUUGAGGAGUGGUUGGUCCGUUGCUGCUGCUACAUCCCUGCUCUGCCGCAUGCUCUUAGUCGUCCUCGUUGUUGUGUUCCUCGCCCAAACUACACUCCUCAGCAUAGGCUAUCUCGGACUUAGGCCCUCCCUGGAGCAGGCUAUAGCGGGUACUGCAGUAGCGGGCAAGGAGGAUGGGGAAGGAGGAUGGAACACGCAAGGUGGGAGGGCGGAAGGUGUGGCGGAAGGUGUGGCGGAAGGUGUGGCGGAAGGUGUGGUGGAAGGUGUGGUGGAAGGGGAAGUUAAAGCGGAUGUGGGUACAGGAGAAAUGGGGGAGAGCGGAGAGGGGGCGGGUGGCGAAGGGGUAGGGGUAAAGAGCGAAGGAGAAGGAGAAGACAUUAAUGUGACGAAGGUCGUUGGAGAGAGAACGGGAGGUGGUGCUGGUGGCGGUGCUGCUGGCGGUGCUCCUAGCGGUGGUGGUGGCGGUGCUGCUGGCGGUGGUGGUGGCGGUGGUGGUGGCCAGGAGCAGCAGAGUCAGAAGACAUGGGGGAAAGCGCAGGUGAAGUGGCAGGGGAAGCAGGGGAAGCAGAGAAAACGGCAGGGUAAAUGGAAGCAGCGGGGGAAGCAGCGGGGGAAGCAGCGGGGGAAGAAGCAAGGGAAGCAGAAUGGCAAGGCGCUAGUAGGGGAUGCGCAGACCAGACAAGGGAUCCAGCACAAAGGCAAGAGAAGAAAGAGGGUGCACGCACCGCCAAAAGCAGAAAGCAGCGCAGGAAACAAACCUAGUGAAGUGGUACCUACUAGGGUGGGCCCUGAGAGGUAUUAUUUGGUGGAGGGUGGGCACGACCACUGCGCGGGUGAGUCUCAUUGGAGGUGGAGCUUCCUGUGCGCGGCGGCAGAGGCAAAGGAGCUCGGGAGGACGAUGGUGGUGCCGGACAUGUGGUGCUCGGGUGCUCCGCACAGCGGCACGGGAAAAGAGGAGGAGCGGCCGUUCCGGCUGUACUAUCACACGGAGCACUGGGGGAGCAUCCAGCCCAUCAUAUUCGCCUCGGAAUUUCUGCACCGGUUCGGCACCCCCCCGUCAGCCACUGCUGCGGACAAGUACCAGCUCUCCUUGCUGCUCCGCCUCUCAGGCAUCUCCGCCUUCCUUCGACAACAACAGGAGCCACAGCAGCCUCCUCCGAUGCCUUCUCCACAGCAGCAGGAGGGGCAGGGGGAGGAGCCACAGCAGGAGGGGCAGCAGCAGCAGCAGCAGCAGCGUGGCCGUGUGUCGGUGGUUCAGUUUGGGCCCUUCGUUCCAGUCAGUCAAGUGGAGAGGGAGGGUGGGAAUGCAACGGUGGUGGUGCGCUUCUUGCAGUGGGGCCAGUUUGCGUAUCAGAUCUGCUCCUCCAAGGUUCCAGAGAACAUGGCCCGUCUGGUGCGCAAUUACCGGCUGAUCUACCAGCAGCCGAUGCUGCGGAAGGUGGCGAACAAGGUGUGCGCAUCCAUGGCAUGGAACUUCGACGCAGUGCACGUGCGCCGCGGGGACAAGCUCAACCCACACUUCUGGCCACACCUCGACCACGACACUCGGCCCGAAGCCUUGUUGAAAAAACUCCCGCAGUUCAUUGAGCCGGGGCGCCACGUGUACAUAGCGUCGAACGAGCGCACUCCGGGGUUCUUCAGCCCACUCGCCUCGCUCUACAAGAUCCACGUGCUCUCCGACUACCGCCACCUCUGGGCACCCGGCAGCGACUGGCACACGGAGUGGCGGGAGCUCAUGCAGCAACUCAAGAUGAACGAAACCGAUCCAGUCUUUGAUGCACACAUGCAGUAUAUGGUUGAGGAUAUGGUACUUGGUGACGCCAAGAAAAAAGUGGAAACCUUCAAUGACCUCACUAAUGACCCACGGCAUGGUGUGUAACUUUCAUGUGCUGGAAGGUUUUUGUAAUUUUUUAAUUCCUUGAGAUUCUAUCAACGAAAUCCCAAUCCA